UUCGCUGUGUCUAAUUGUUUACUAGAGUUUUUUUAUCAAAAUCCUUUGAAAAGUAUGGUGUAAACGUGCUUUUUGCCUUAAAUUCACUGCUAAUUUAGUUUCUUUUGUGUAGGGAUAGUGUUCCGUGUAAAAUCGUAGGUGCUGUUGUGGUAAACAUGUCAAGUAGCUCCGUAGACGAUCUUCCGGAGCAAAGCAAGGAUCUCUUUACACAAGAUGGGGUGCUGCUCAAAUCAGCCUCAAACCGGCUCAGCCCAGACUUGAAUUCGCCCGGAAUGCUCUGUAUCGUCCAGAACGGAGAUGGCACAAAAUGUAUUGAGUGGCGACCAAACGACUUGAUCACUAUCGAUUCCGACACACAAGACCAGGAAUGGGCAGUGGUUAAUACUAUUGGUCGUCGUCAACGCACACUCAGCGGGAACAUGACGUCAGACUAUGCCACAGCUCGCGCCCGCAUUAUCAAGAUCCCCCUUCAGGACCUAAAAACGUUCCGGAUAACCCGCAACAGCCAGCAGAUGCAGUUCUCCACGAAACCUGGCGUUUGGCAGACCACAUUCUACUUCCAACACGGGAACGCGGAAAUAUUCGUCGCCUAUCUAAAGAACCACGUCAAAACAGCGAAGACCAGGCACGAUAGAAACACAUACGUCGUCGUUGAGCCUAACAUUGAAUCGCAAGUGCUUAACAGGUCCUUCGCAGAGUUGGACAUUUUUACGGAGAACACAACUGAUGUGGUGUGGAAUUUGGUGUCGAAUUUCAAGCAGAGGCCCUAUGAGACUACUAUGGAAGCCUUUUCCAAGCUCACUGAUAUUGUUUAUUACGGCAACGAAGGUAUGAACGGCAAGAGGGACGUCUCUGAAGAAGUGGCCGAGUUGCUGACCAAGAGUAUGAGCGCGCUGGAAGACGCCACCACAGUCACGCGAGCCGAGGAGUACGAGGUCGUCAGCGUCAAGCCCACGCUGCCGCCGCGGCCCUCUAUACCUAGGGAGCUGCAGGUUGCUCACAAGAGUAUGAGUGGCCUGGAGGACGCCACCACCGUCACUCGCGCCGAAGAGUACGAGGUCGUCAGCGUCAAGCCCACGCUGCCGCCGCGGCCCUCUAUACCUAGAGGCGCUCCACUGUCGACUGAGAAGUGGGAGGGACUCCAGGACACAGAGGGCCGCGUCACGGAGGUGGAGGGCGUCAAACAGUUGAUAUUCCGAGGCGGCGUCGCGCACACAAUCAGACAAUCAGUUUGGAAAUACCUCCUCGAUUACUACCCCUGGAGAAUGACACACUCUGAACUCCGCUCUCUACAGAAGAAGAAGACAGAAGAAUACUUCUCCAUGAAGCUGCAAUGGCGAUCCAUGACCGAAGGGCAAGAGGCCCGGUUUUCAGAAUACAGGGACAGAAAAAGUCUGGUGGAAAAGGAUGUUAACAGAACAGACAGGACCCACCCGUUCUUUGCGGGAGAUAAUAACCCAAACUUGGUGGUCCUCCAGGAUAUACUCAUGACGUAUGUUAUGUACAACUUUGACCUGGGCUAUGUGCAAGGAAUGAGUGACAUAUUGGCACCAUUGUUGUUGCUGAUGGGCAAUGAAGUGGACAGCUUUUGGUGUUUCGUCGGGUUCAUGGACAAAAUUGAGUCGAACUUCGACAUGGACCAGGCCGGCAUGAAGCAGCAGCUGCAGCAGCUGCAAGCGCUGCUGUCGUUCGCGAGCCCGGCGCUGGCGCAGCACCUCGCGCAGAAGGACUCCGCUAACAUGUACUUCUGCUUCCGCUGGCUGCUCGUCUGGUUCAAGCGGGAGUUCUCGCACGGAGACAUCAUGAGGCUAUGGGAGGUGCUAUGGACCGGGUUGCCAUGUAGUAAUUUCCAUUUACUAGUUUGUGUUGCCAUACUCGACGCCGAAAAGGACAUUAUCAUGGGCAAAGACUACGGUUUUACAGAAAUUUUGAAGCACGUCAACGACCUAUCAAUGUGUCUCGACGUAGACAGAAUACUGAGCACAGCAGAAGGCAUAUACCACCAAGUGGUGUCCGCGCCACACCUCACCGACCAAAUCCGAGUCAUCAUCGGCCUACCCCCCCUCAAGCUUGCCGCUUCCACCAGCUCGGAAGAAGCGACCACAUCGAAAUCGGCCCAGCAAGCCAACGGUACGGGUGACUGCACCGCGGAGAGAGAUAUGGAGGAAGAUACACUCGAAUAUGACGGAUUACAAAUUAAUAUUGUUACGAAAACUGUGUGGGCAUUGCUCGCUUAGUCGACGAAUACAAAGUACUUACAGACCGACAAGGAUCUGGAUGAGCGUGGCGGGAAUCGGAACUACAAAAGUUAUUCUAAUUUUUGACAGAUUAGUUUGGAAGUGGCGCUGCCGCUGCGUUUGCCAGGAUCGUGGUCGGACUGUAAAAUGGAAGUUAUAUUUUUAUACUUUUAUAAUAUCCGCUGUAUGAACAUGCUUGCCUCCUAUUUGAUACAUUCAUCAUAAUUAUGGUACCUAACCAUUUUCGAAACUAAUAUAAAAUACACUACCCACCGAUUCAUUCAUUGCCUGUGCCUUAAUUUUGCCGCGAAAUUUUUCUAAUUCUCUUUUAAAUAUUCUUAUAUCCACAUUUGGUUUAUUUCUCUAUAGGUUUUAUAAUAUACAAACAUACAUAUUUCAAUAAAUCAUUGUCAAUUCAUAAUGUACCAAGGUGCUAACUAAACAGUUUACAUCUCAAAUAGGAGAAUCAAUAUUAACUAAAAUCUUUGUUAGAUCGACAUAAUUCACUUAUCAAUUCCAAUAUUAUAUUACCCGUGUCUCUAUUAGUAUUUUAUGUGCAAUUUAAAAUGCGUUUUAACAUAGUUUUCAUAAUUUUAGAAGUUUUAAAUUGAUAUUAAUGUGAUUUUAGUAGGUAUUAUUCACAAUUUCGAUUUUCCAGUAAUUAUUGACACAUAACUGCAAUUCCGAGGUUCUACAAAGUAAUAGAAGUGGCCAAAUAUUAUUAUUUAUUGUAUCCUGUAACAUUUUAUGCAUAAAACAAUAAGUUUCAAAAGUUAUGCUAGCUUAUCAAUCUAUGAAGAAAUUCUUAAUUGAUUUUGAGUAAUAAGCUGGAUGCAGACCGCCACCAACCGGCUAUUGUGGAAAUCAUUGGGAAGGCCUAUGUUCAGCAGUGGACGUCCUAUGGCAGAAAUGAUGGUGAUGAUGAAUAAGCUAAUGAUAUAAAACUCAAAAUCUAUUGCAGAAAUUCGUUUCUUGUAAGUUGGCCUGUUAAAAGUUGUCGGUAAUGAGAUGAUACAGUUUGUUGUAUCAAUAAGAAUAUUGGCUUAUUUGAUUGACCUUUAUGGUUUUUUGCACCAUCCCAAAAAAAAUUGUAUGAUUUUUUUAUGGAUAAAAUUGGAAAAGACUUCUUGUGAUACACUUGGCUUUAGCAUUGGAGGUGGAUUUUGUAAGAAAAGUCGUAAUUUGUUUAGUUUAAAGAACCAGGAAAAUUUAGUUUAAUUUAAUUUAAAUUAUAAAUAAUGUUUAAUAAUAACAGUUUCGCUUUCGUUUCGAAAAAGCUGUGCAAUUCGAUAUGUUCGAAAAAAAUAAUUAAUCAAAUUUUUGCACAGCUAAAUUAAUCAUAGGCCAUAACAAUUUGAAUUGCACAUUUAUUAUCACUUGUGAUCAUUGAUUUCCUAAGUAGCUGUUAUGUUUGUAAGAUUUAACUACUUUAAUUAAACUAGUGUCUAUUCAUUAAAUGUAUGUUUUCGUUUAUUAAAUUGUAUUAAAGUUUCGUACCUGGUU